UUCUACAGCUAGUAUUGAAUUAGAGGGGGGGGACAGUUUUCAUUUUGGGUUGGUGGCAGUGGAAGCAGCAACACAAGAACAACAAGGUCACAGUGGACUUUGAGCGUUCCUCCCAGUAAGUGCUCUAUAAAAGCUCCGCAGGGAUUCGGACGACUCAGUCUCAUCUGAGUACUCGCCAAACGUCCGAAGGAAUUGGGCUAUACGGGCCCACCAUGAGGGACUCCAAGCUCUGCCUUCUGCUGAUCCUCAGCACAUCAGCCUUGGCUGUUGCGCAAGAUGGAGAUCAGCCAACGUGUCUGCUGGCCAAACGGUACAAGACCCUGCACAAGUACGAAUACCAAUACGUAGCGGAAUCUCUGAAUGCCAUCGACGGAGCCUCGUCAGUCAAGAAUGGACCCAGGGCAACAUGCAAAGUUGAAAUCGAAGUUCCGCAGACUUGCAGUUUCAUCGUGCGCACCACUGGCUGUGCCCUGAGUGAAGUGGUUGGCUCUGACUCAGAUGGCAACCCCACAUUCGGUGCUGCCCCCAGCUCAAAUGCCUUUGCUGAUGAAAUGGAAAGAUAUCCUCUCAAGGUUGUAGUUGAGGGUGUCUACGAUGUGAAACUGUACCCUGAGGAAGGUGAGACAACAACCGCCCUGAACAUCAAGAGGGGUAUCAUCUCAGCCCUGGCUGUGCCUGUGAUGGAAGAGGACAAGAAUAAGAAUAUGCCAACAGUUCACGGUAUGUGCGAGACCUUCUACACCAUCAACGCUAGGGAGGACAUUGCAACUGACAUCAGCCUGGAAAGGGACCUCUCCACAUGUGACAGAUUUGUCCCAACAAGAGAUUAUACCAGCCCCUUGGCACUCAUCUCUGGCAUGCAAUACCCCCUUUCCAAGCUCGUCAGAAGCUCACAGACCUGUAACUACAAGUUUGACAACGAGAAGAAACACAUGACCUCCGGGUCCUGCACAGAGAAGCACAUCCUGAUCCCAUUCUCCCACAAGGGUGAAUAUGGCGUCACGAAUGUCGGAAAGCAAGAACUGACCCUGGUGCACGUUUCCACUUCCAACGACAGAAUCUUUGAUCAUGGUGAUAACGUCAAGGGUCUUCAUAUGGACACCGUUGAGCACAAGACAUACUUCCAGGAUAAAGAAGUUUAUCUGGAUCUGAUGAGUGAACUGGUCAAUCUGCCUGAGACUGAGGGCGAGAGGAGGGCACACUUCUUCCGUCAGAUGGUCACCAUGGUCCGCGGAAUGAAGACCGAAACUCUGAGCGGUGCCAUUCCAGAGGCUCUCGUUAUGUCCCGUGUCCUGACCUACCAAGUUCUGGCCCAGUGCGGAACUCCGGAGUGCAGCAGUGCCAUCAUGCAGAUCCUUCGGGGCUUCCAAACCACAGCAAUUGAAGUUGACGCCACAGUUUUUGCUUUGGGACUUGUUUCUAAUCCUUCUGCCCUGCUGAUAAAUGACAUGCUCGAAAUGGUCAAGUACAAGCCCAGCAAGCCCAUCAUGUACGCCCUGAGCAAUGUAGUCAAGAGGUUUUACAAAAGUGAAGGAAAGCUAAUCCCUGAGAUUCGCUCUGUUGCUGAGUUCUUGGCUGGUCAUUUGGGCGACUGCGCUGGUGACGAAGAAAACACUUUCCUGACUUUGAGGGUUAUUGGGAACAUGGCUCCCGCUGUUGUGCCUGCUAGUCCUGCACUCAGAUCUUCAGUGCUCCAGUGUGUGAACCAGCCAGCUGCUUCCCUGGCAGUGCAGCAAGCUGCCAUCCAGGUUUACCGGCUGACUCCCAUCUCAGAUGAGGGAAGAGAGCUUCUCAUUCAGGUCCUUUUGGACAGUGCCACCCCACUGCAAAAGAGAAUUGCUGCAUAUCUUGUGGUUAUGAAGAACCCACUGCCAAGUGAUUUAGCGCGUUUGGCCGCUGCCCUGCCCACCGAGAAAGAUACCCAAUUCAAGAGCUUUGUGGUAUCCCACAUGACCAAUAUUUUGUCUUCAACUGAGACUAAAACAGAAGAACUCAGACAAAAGAUUCGCGAUGCCAUCCAGGACAAUGAGAUUGGACCCGUCAUGAACCCCACCAAAUUCUCUCGUAACUACCGGAUGGGAUCUGUCGAGGGAAACAUGAUCUUUGAGGGCACCAGCUACCUGCCCAAAGAAGCCAUGCUGGAAAUGACUCUUAAGGCAUUUGGCUUUGACAUUGACAUGAUGGAGAUUGGUAUUGAGGGUAAAGGAUUUGAACCAACGGUUGAAGCACUCUUUGGUGACAAUGGAUUCUUCCCCGACACUGCCAUGAAGACGAUGUACUUUGUCUCGGAUAACAUGCAUGCAGUCAAAGAGAUUGUACAGAGCUUCCUUCCUGGUUUGAGGAAUGCUGAGAUGAAGAGACAGAUCUCUCAGAACUUCAUGAAAGAAGUUGGGCAGAAUCUCAACGUGCUGAUGAGAAAGCUGCAGACUACCAAGUCUCCAGAGGCGAUGAUGUAUCUGAGAUUGUUUGGAAACGAGCUUGGAUAUCUGAAGACCAGUGAAUUGGAAGCUAUGGCCUACUCUGCUGCCUUGAUGUUUGAGAGCAUGUUCAAGAUGUUCCCUACUGAUCUCCUGAAGGGACUGAUGACAAAGGCUGACAACACCAUCUUCGCCCACUACAUCUUCAUGGACAAUGACUUUUUCCUGCCGACUGUCACUGGCGUGCCUCUGAAAAUUACAUUGUCUGGAACCUUCACCCCUGGUGUCAAGGCUGGAUUUAAGAUUGCUCGCGACAUGAGUGAAGUCGCUUUCAUGCCCUCUGCAGGCGUUGAGUUUACAACCCACGUUGGCGCCUACAUUCCUGAAUAUCUCAACUCUGGAUUAGAGAUGCACUCCAACAUCUUCCACGAGAGUGGCCUCCAGGCCAAGAUCUCGAUGGGACGUGACCACGUCAAGCUGACCAUCCCUGCUCCAAAAAGCCCAACCAAGCUCAUCAAAAUGACAAACACCCUGGUGGCAGUGAAUGACCUGAGGGUCGUGACUCUCCCCCCAAUGGUGACAAACAAAGUCGAUGUCAGUGAAUGCACCCCCUUCUUUGCUGGGAUGAAAUAUUGCACUGCUCUUCAGUACACAGAUGCUUUCUCCCAAGACACAGCACCCUACUUCCCCAUCGCUGGUGACAGCAGAUUUGCACUGGAGCUCCAUCCUACAGGUGAAGUCACUGAGUACACUGCCACUCUUGCCUAUGAGCUGCUGAAGGAGGGAGAUGAGGGCAGGCAUAAGAUCGACUCUGUGAAGUUUGUUCUGAGAGCUGAAGGCGCCGAGCCCACGGAAGCCAGAGCCAUCAUGAAAUACAACAGAAGGAAGCACAUGGUCACAGCUGAUAUCCAGAUUCCGGACUAUGAUGUGGAAGCAGGAUUGAGACUGGGUGUUGUUGAUGGCAAUACCAGAGGCAAAGGAACCCAUUCCAUCUAUUUGGAUCUUCUGAACAAAAAAAUCCCUCAGCUUUCUCUCGUUGGUCGAGCCAAUCUUGAGGUGAUGAAGAAAGGUAUGCUUCAAAUUCAGCUUCUGGUCCCCACACUUAACGUUGACGCCUCAGUCACAGCUGACAUGAAGCGAGAGGAGGAAUUAGAAUUGAAACUGAAGAGUGAAGUGAAAGUCAUGGAUGCUGUGUCCAAGCAGGAGAUUGCAAUGAAAUAUGAUGACAACAAGGUUGAGGUUGGAUUCAAAUCUGACAUGAACACUGACGUCACCUUUGGCCCAUUCACGGAUUUGUUUGAGAAGUACACCCAAGACCUUCUUGACACACAGGUGGGACAGACCGACAUGAAGGUCGCUCACAUCUUGAAGAAGUUUGGAGAGGCGGCAAACAACUACAUGGAGAAGUACGGUGCUGAGAUCCCUUACCUCCAGAACUUCAGAGUUCCAGCUAUGCCUGAAAUUUCUCUGCCAGAGACACUAUUCCUGAACACUGAAACAAAGGCUGUGUACUACUUCAACAAAGAGCGCUUCACCGUCGCCAUCCCAGUCCCUCUUGGGGGAAAGUCAACAAAGGAGCUCAACUUCCCGCCGGCUUUAACAACACCUCACCUGUCUCUGCCCGAGUUUGGACUGGAGAUCGUCUCCAUGGAGAUUCCAAUCCCGGAGGUUUUUGUCCCUGAGAGGCUCACUUUUACUGUUCCUCUUUUUGGCAAAGCUGAAGUUUCAACACAGAUGAAGAGCAACCUCUACGACUUGGAGACCUCAUUCGCAGCCGGCAAGGAUGUUAUGGAAGCUCCAAGUUACUCUGCCAAGUUUGAUGUCAAAGGAACCUCUCCAUUUGAAAUCCUCUCAUUCAAGAUCGAAGGCUCUGGACUGUUGGCUACCACUGACUCACUGAAAGCCCAGAUGAAAGGCUCUUUGUCCCACAAGUUUCUUGAAGCCAGUGUCAGUUUUGUUGAGGAUGCAACCAUCACUGACAAAAUUAACGUUCACUCCCAUAGUAAGAUUGAAGCCACAAGCCCAUUUAGCCUCAAUGUCGACAUCGAUCACAACUCUCUGACUGGAAUCAACGCUGAGAAAAUCUCUGUUGAUAGCAGCUUUAAGGGAACGUUCAAGGCCGGACCCCUCUCUGCCAAGACUGUUUCAAAUCAGACAUUCUACAUUAUUCCAUUCAAACCAAAUGCAAAGUUCGAUUCUUUGCUUGAAUUGGAAUCAACAAUCGUUCAGGCUAAAAACAGAAUCACCGCAACCUUUGUGGAUGGUGAUCUCCUGGUUGUUUCGAACACCAAUGCCUUUGAAGACACCUUGACGCAUUCCGCUGAGUUUUCUUUCGCAGACAGCAAAGCCUCACUGAAGUGCCAUUCAAGCGCCCGUGCUCUUGGUAUGAAAAUCCACCACAAAGCUGAAGCCUCUGCUGGAGCAGGCAAAGUUGCUCUGAGAGUGGAAACCAACGCAGACCACCGAGAAGAUCUGAUCUACUCACUGCUCACUUCCUCUCUUGAUGUCAACGGUCUGACUGUAAACAGCGAUGCCAACAUUAAGCUUCUGAAGAACACGGCCAUGCACAAAGCCACCCUGAGAUUGGACAAGAACGGUUUGGUCACAAGUGGAACAAACACGCUUCGUAGCCCACUGUCUCUGGACAACACCUUUAACGCUGGGCUGGACACUACAAAAGCAACUCUGUCCUUCAAUAACAAGGCUGCAUUGUUUGACCUCAACUUUGAUAAUGGCAAUGAUCUGACGCUAACACUUUCUAGCCUUACCUUGAACUCUAAGGCUAAAGCCCAGGCUCGUGAGUAUGCCUCUUAUACUCACGAUGUUGCCAUUAACCUGACACCCUACACCGCAUCUGCCAAGGUCAACAACAACCUGAAGCUUCUCGCCGCUAAUAUCAUCAAUGAUGCCCAGUUGCAGGCCGGCUCCUACAAAAUUGACCUGACCGGAAGCCUGAAAACUACCUAUGAUAAGUCAGAGAUCAAGCACAGCUAUCAGAUUAACUAUGCUGACAUGACUGCCAUCGCAAAGUGCAGCACAAUUGGAAAUCUUUUUGGAACCUACAUGAGCCACACCUCAGAUCUUGAGAUUAUCGGUCUUGCUGCCAAGUUCACCAAUGACGCUCGCUUUAACUCGCAGCUUCUGCGCUUUGACCACAACAUCCGUUCCAGCAUUGUUCCUUUCGACUUCAACCUCGAUGCCAUCUUCAAUGCUGAUGGAGACUUGGCGUUGUACGGAAAGCACAGUGCACAGCUCUACGGCAAGUUCCUCCUGCGAGCGCAACCUUUGGCUUUUGCUACCUCACAUGAAUGCCGAGCCUCAGUGAGCCAGGCGCUAGACAACGGACUUUCCCUCGAGACCACAUUGGACAAUAAGAUGGACGCCGGUCUUUCUAUGAAUGAACAGAAGGCCAUUGUUAGUCUGAAGUCGAAAAUCAACAAUCACGCCUUUAAUCAAGACAUGAGCGUUUACAACACCGCCGAGGGAACUGGCAUGAGCAUUUCCGCUAACAUCCUCACAAACAUCAUCAACGCAGAAUCCACAGACAACCAGGAAUUUGGUGUCUCAGGCUUCCUCAAGUAUGACAAGAACACAAACUGUCACAUCAUUCAGUUCCCUCUGCUGGAAAACGUGCCUGUCUUCUUGGAAGGUGUCAAGGAUGUCCUUGUCGGUGUUGCAGAACUUGUUCGCGACUACAUCAAGAAUGAGCGGAUCGGAGAAAAACUUGAAGCUCUUCCUCAGCGUGUGAGUGAGUUUGUUGCCCAACUUAACAUUGAAGGCAAAGUCAUUCAGUUGAAGGAGUACAUCAGUGACCUUACCCCCAAAUAUCUGAUUUCCAUGGAGGAUGCGGAUGCUGCUUUCAGAAGCCUUAGGGUUCACUUUGAGAAAAUGAUCACUGAGGUCACCUUUUACAUUCAACACUAUUUUGCCAUGAUGGAGAAGAUCAUUGUUGAUGGCAACCUGCCUGAAACCGUAGCAUCACAGAUCCAGGAACUGCUCAAUGCCAUUAAUGAAAAGUAUGACAUCAAGGGAAUGGUCCUGUAUCUUAUCGAGACUGUGAAGACGAUGAUCCAGCAGAUCGACUUGGAAAAAUUGAGAGGCUCUAGUGUGGCAUUCCUGCAUAAUAUUGAGAAGGAAUACCAAAUUGUGUCUAAUCUGAAGGAUUGCCUAAAUAUCAUGAAGCAGUCCGUUGACAAUUUCGAUCUUGUCAACUUUGUUGCCGAACUGAAGGAGAUCAUUAAAGAUAUUGACAUUAGCCGUUCCGUCAAGGUUUUAACGAGUCAGAUCCCAACCGAGCUAUUCAAUGAGAUGAUGGAGUAUAUCCAGGAACUGAUCCAGGAUCUCAAGAUCUUUGACAAAAUCAAUGCAUUGUCUUCCAAGAUAAAGGAGUUCAUUGUCAAGCUUGAAGCUGACAAAAAGGUCCAAGUCAUCUUUGAAAAACUUGUGGAGGUCAUCAAGCAGUUUAGAAUUGAAGAAACCCUCAACACUGUUGCCCGAAUGGUCAAGGAUGCAAACAUCCCUGCAAAAUGCCAGCAAUUCUUCCAGGUCGUCAUUGACUACAUGGAAUCUACUGAAGUUAAGGAUAUGAUUCAAGACCUGAAGUCCUUCGCUGAGUCUAUCAUGCAGAAGAUGACAUCACUGGAUUAUAAGGCAUUUGUGGAUAAGGUUAAUAAAAUCACUGCGAGCUGCACAACUUAUGUUAAUGAUCUAAUCAGGGCUCUGGAAAUUCCCAAAAAAAUAGAAGCAGCAAAGGAUUUCGCCAACGUUGUCUUGACCUCUGCUAAAGGCUUUUCGGAUCGUCUGAGAGAAAUCAGAGUUGCAGAAAUUCUUACAUCUGUAAAGGAACUGAUGGACCAGGCUAUAUUUGAAGAUAUCAGGAGAUUCUUUGAAGAAAUCAAAAAAGAAGUUACAAAUAUCGACUUCAGAGCUGAGCUUGUCUCAUACGUCAAGGUAAUGAAGAGGUACUACAAGACAGUUCUGGUGAUUGUCACUGAUACUUGCCAAAGUGUGAUAGAUGGAAUCAGGUCAGCGUUCCCUGAACAAAAGAUCAUCGGUGAGCUUCAGCAACUCUACGACGCACUGAGAAGCGAACUGAAAAAGUAUGAGGUGACUAUUCCAUCCUUCACCGUUCCGCUCACUGACCUUGUGGUUCCCUCCAUGAAGUUCAACAUGGAUAAACUUCAGCAGGUUGACAUCCCCACACAGCUGGACAUUCCUGAGUUCACCAUUCUGGGUUUCCAUACGAUCAAAGCCACCACCAUUUCCUUUGAUGACAUCAAGCAGAGAAUCCUCCAAGUUAUCGAUUUCAUCUUGAAUUAUGACUUCAAAAUAAUUGACAUUGAUGCUUUCUUCGGAGACCUCAAGAUGAACUACUUGCCUUCCAUGCCUGAGAUAAACCUCUCAGAAAUUACCCUUCCUGAGAUCUCCUUCCCGACUCUCCCACACUUCCCCGUCGAUAAGCUUGUUAAGUCUCUUUCAGUUCCUGAGAUUGAACUUCCAACGAUCCCAAGUGAUAUUAUCGUCCCUUGCUUUGGCAAACUCUCUGCCGAGAUCCGGUUUAAUACUCCCAUCUACACCGUGAAGACAUCUGCCGAGCUCCAAAACGCCACCGAAAAAGUCAUGACACCCCAAUUCAAAGCCAUGAUCACUUCCCAAGGCACAUCUCCCAGCUUUGAAAUCCUGAAUUACAAAAUCGACUCAACUGCUCAGAUUGCUCUUCCUAAAAUGAGCCGCGUUGUGCUCGCAGAGACCCUCAAGAUCAACCAUCUUGCUCUCGUCGUCGACCACCUAGCCUCUCUAUCUCUCUAUGGUCUCUCCGGCCAGGCCCAAGCAAAGACUGCAGUGAAAGUGAACACUCCAAUUUACAACGCUGAUGUCACGAACCACGUUUUCGUUGCAAUGGAAGAGGGAAUGGCUGCUUCUCUUGAGACUAACUACAAACAUCUUGUCGACCUUCCAAUCGUCAGUGUCAAUAGUGAUGCCGUCGUGACCCAGAAAGCAAUCGUCCGUCAAGACGGUUACACCCUCACUUUGACUGUUGACAAUGUCGGCAAGUCUGUUGCUCAGGAGAGCAACCACAACAGCACCCUCUAUUUGUCACUCAGCCCAAGCCUUGUCACACUGACUUUCUCCGGCAACACAGACUUAAAAACAGCGACAAUGAAACAGCAAGUAACAGCCGAGGCAAGCCCUUACAUCUACAAAUUUAAUUUGCUCAGUAACAUGAAGGCGCCAAUCGUGAAGAGCAGUGUGGUUUCCGCCUCUGGAAAUGUCAACUUCAUUACCAUGAAGGCCGAUCUUAAAGCAAACCAUGACACAGAAUUGACCGGAGUGGUCAGGGGACUCCUUUCCAAUGGAAUUAACAUUGUUGCCCUUCCCGACGAGUUGUUUGCUGACUUCCAAAACAAAUUCAAUAGCAGGGUUACAAUCUUUGGAGCACCUACUGCUAAGAUUGAUUUGCGCAACGAUUAUUCCGCCGCUCUGACACUCAACAACCAGAAGCUGAACACAAUUUACACCGCUCGUCUUAAUCAGGCUGUAAUGACUUACAACCUCACUGUGGACAACAACAGAAAUGAGGCCGGCGCCUUUAUCGCGAUGGAUGGUAAUGUCAAUCUUGACUUCCUCAACAACCCCAUCAGCGUUCCUGCCAUCCAAAUCCCCUUUGUCGACAUGCGCACCCCAGCAAUAAAGGACGUGAAUUUAUAUGAACUGAUGGGACUGAAGCACCUGAUGAUUUCGCCAAAGCAAAACGUGGAUCUGGAUGCCAAGAUUGUUUAUCAGAAAAAGAAGGCUGCUCCCAUUGCGGUGAUCAUGAGCCUGAUCGAGAUCCCCCCCGUGGGUGACCUGAUUACAGAGUUGUCCUUCAAGUCUUCUGUCAUCAGUGUGAAUGUCAACACUGGACUGAAUGCAGCAGAUGAUCUUGUAUUCCGUCUGGGAGCUACGACGACCUCAGUGUUUGAGGGCUUAAAAGCCAAACUUGAUGGUACUGCCAGCCUGACCAGCAAAAGAGGAAUCAAGCUGGCCAAUUCCUUGUCCCUAGAAAAUCGGCACAUUGAAGGCACCCACGACAGCACCUUCAGUGUGAGUAGUGAGACUCUGGAAGCCGCUACCUCUGUGGCCUCUGUUGCACGAAUUUCUCUGCCUAUACUGAGCUUGGAAUUGAACCAGCGUCUGGUUGGGGACACCAAAUCCAAAACCAAGGCUCACUCCACUGUGAACAUUAAGGGCGAUUACAACAUUCCAGUGGUCAAGGCUGUUGGAAAAGCAAACACCGAUUGGAGCCUGAAGCUGGAGAGAACCAGUGAAGACAUUUCCAUUGAGACAGUCAUGAAGGCAAAUGUGGAUGGCAAAGUCCUUGAUGACUAUAUCGUCCUCGGAGUCCUGGACAGUGACGUGAACCUGUUCUUGAAUAACGGCCUGCGCUCCACCUCCAAGGUCAUUGCUGAUGUCAAGCUGAACCACGGCCCCACGAAAGUGAUCAACUUCGAUUUAAGUGACAGUGUGUCUUUGCAAGCCUCCCUCAGUCGGAUGUACGCCACGCUGAAGCAUUUGAGUAACAAUGAGCUCAACCUGUUCAGUUUGAACACCAACGGGAAACAUUUUGUCCAAGCGACCGUUGAUAUCGCACCAGUCUCUUCCUUGACUGCUGAUAUUGAGAUUAAUCUGUCACAACCAAGCACCCUGGGAGAUUUCACCAUCUCGGAGAAAACAGCGGUUGAUGUAACGGUCGCCAAACAGAAGAUCUCCACCAACGGCAAGUUCAUCAGCCCACUGUACACCUCAAAUUUUGAUGCGCUCUUGGAGGGAAACGCUCCAGUUUUCAAAGGCACACUUAAAUCCUCCGCCACUUCCACUUUCGUCAUCUUGGAUUAUGACAUGGAUGCUUCUUCGACGGUAAACUUUGAGAAUGCCGCUUUGAACGUGAUUAACAAACUCGUCCUGAAACAUGCCGACCUCAACAUGGAUGCCAACCAUGUCAUUGACCAAAGCACAAGUGUUUCUCGCCAGACCCUCAACGUGGACAUCACCAGCCCAACUUUCACUGAUGUCAACCUUCGCUACGCCGCUCGCAGAGAUGUUCUUAGUGCCUCACUAUCUGCUCCAUCUAUUGGCUUCCUGGGCUUGCAGAUGAAUGGCAGGGUCCCAUCUCAAUUGAGCGCAAGAGUCUACGGUCGUUAUCCUUCUGCUCCAGAGGCCGAUGUCGACAUCUUCGUCAUAAAAUCCUCUUCCAAGAACGCAAAUAGGAUGAACCUCCAGAUUGUCUACAACACCGAAGCACCCAAAAUCAUUCUCUCAGAAUUGAAACAGCGAGUCCCUUCCAUCGUCUCUGCUUUCACGGAGUUUCUUCGCAAGUAUCAGAUCACAAGCAACGUGGACAAGUUGAAGAAUGUCAUCGUUACCCGCAUCGGUGAUGUCUAUAACGCCGCCAUAAACUACGAUGUCCAGAUGAGCCAGCUGUCAAUCUUCUUCAGAAACACCAUUGUCCAAUACCAGCAAAACCUCCAGGUUAUCGUGGACACUAUCGUUAAGCUCCUGAGGGAGACCAAGUUCCAACUGCCAGGGUCUGAUGAAAUGACCACCCUUCCUGAGGUCCUGAAGAAAAUGACCGACAGUAUUGCCACGACUCUGGACAAAAACACCCAGAUUAUGUAUCAGUCCAUGGAGAUCUACUAUAACUCAUUUGUGGAGAAAAUCACCACCAUGAAAGUCUCCAUGCCAGUUGGUGAUGCGGUUACCGUUGGCCAGAUCUUUGAACACGUGAAAACAUGCGUGCGGGACAUCAUGAAUGGACUAGUGGCCUUUGUGAAGAAUAUGGAGAGUCUUGACACAGCGCUGGUGAAAAUGAGUGAGACCAUGAGAGCCGUCGUUGGUAAAACUCAGCAGUUUGUUGACUCGAUCAAGUCUGACUAUUUAGAUCAAGCGUUCCUCCGAAUCAAUGACAUUUACCGCAAUAUCGUGACGCUCAUCAAGGUUAUCGUUGACAAGAUCUCUGCCCUUGAUACGGAGCAGCUCAACAAUGCGUAUGGUUCCAUCAUUGACAUGUUCAUCAAGGGAGUUGAUCAGGUCAACGCGACUCUUUCCGGGUUGCUGACGGAAGCUUCACCGGAGGCUCGGGUGAAACUCACAAAUGGAAGGCUUGAAAUUGACCUCCCUUUUGCAUUUCAACAAUGACGAACAAACCCAGGUCUGAAUUAGUAUAAAACACUCCCACCUCUUUGGAAGGAGUAUUGCCACUUAGAUUGCUUAGCCAUAUUUAUGACAAAGGUAUAACAGUUUUAAAUGAUCUUGUUUAAUCUGUUGUGCAUGUAACCUUUUACGUACUCACGGGAUAAAUGACAUUUGUCAAUAAAGUAUCUGAAAGUGAA